AUGUUCAGAAUCUGGGUUCCUGCGGGAGACUGGGGCUGCUGCAGCCGACUGGAUGUGCGGGGCUUUGCACAGAGGAUGUUCAGCAUCCCUAACCGGAUUUGGGGAUUUGCACGGGCUGGGAAUGGGGGCAGAAAUCAGCUCGUGGGAUUGGAGCUCCAUCCAGGAGUGAUGGCUCCUCCUGCUCUCAGCAGCUCCCCAGCAGAGAGCAGGAGAUUGUGCGGGAUCGGAGCGCCCUGGGUUUGGCACCUCCUGCAAGGAUGUGCCAGGGAUGUGUGGGAGGGCUGGAGAGGGCUCAUUGCCAUUGUCUGCUCGCUGCCUGCUGCAAUUGUCACUGCUGCUUUUUAUGAGAACAAGGACCUAAUUAUGAUUCCACAAUUUGUGUACUGUAAGCUCAAGAAUCAGAAGGUGACAAAAGGCAGUCCCAGCCUGAGGAAUUUGGGCACAGCCUGGAUUGUGGGGUGUGGAGCUCUGAGUGGCACUGCCCUCUAUCAGCUGCUCCUCAGGAACCAGCAGCACAGGCCAGCAAUCCCAAGGAAUAAUAGCUCUCCUGACCUGAUUGAAAUGCCAGGCUUCAUUUGUGGCUGUGUGUCCUGUGUUUUCCUGGGCAGCAGAUUCCCUCAGCUCUACAUAAAUUACUCCAGAGAAGAUGCACAGAUGCACUUUUACCUGCUCUUUGCCUUGGCCCUGAUGGGAAACUGCACCUGUGGACUGAGCCUUGUUCUAAAGAUGCCAGAACCCAAAUCCUCCCGGGCCCUCUGCUUUGUUCACCACCUUCCCUGGCUCAUUGGGAGCUUUGGAGUUUUGUUCCUUGACAUUUUGGUAUCAUUUUCCUAUUACAGCUAA